CAGCGACGUCAGGGGACGGGAGCGCGUUCCAUUCUGGUGUUGAUCAUGCCCGGUGAAAGCGGUCGUACCACAGGGCAGGGCAGAGGCCGUGGAAAGAAAUCUGCGCCUGGCGUGGCCUCCCCUCCCGCUGGCGCCGCGUGCAACGGGUUCGUGCAAGCUCUAAAGCAGCGGUUGGAGAGCGACCCGCCAACCGUGAACGGCCACAGCAAUGGCUUCGUCAGCAACGGUCACCGAACAACGACGGGCGGCACUGCCGCGGGCCGUCCGCCCGGCUCCAUGUCUCCGACCUCUCCGCCGGCGACGACGCCACCCAGAACCGGAACCGAGCUCGCCUUGACCGCCGGUGGGUCGCCGAACGACGAGAUGCGCAUCCGGGAAGUCGCACUGACCCUUCCGUCGCACUUCCCUCGGCGGCCAGCCCAUGGCACGCUCGGCCGUCUAAUCCAGCUAAUGGCCAACCAUUUCAGUAUCGAGAUCCCAGACGGCAGCAUAUACCACUACGACGUCGAGAUAACCUCCACGGAGGAGGCUAGGGUGCCCGAGCAGAAAAGGUACCGCUGCCUCAGCACAAAGAUCAAUCGCACCGUCAUCGAGCUUCUCGUGAAGAAAUACCGAGGCGAGCUGUCCGACUGCAUCCCGGCCUUCGACGGCCGCAAGAACCUGUACACGCGACGCCAGCUCAACUUCCGCGAGAGGAUCUUCUCCGUCGACCUGGAGGAGAACCAGAGGAUUCAGAGGUUCACAGUCAAGAUCCAGUACGCCGCCACGGUCAACCUUGACGCCUUGAACGCCGUGUACAAGAAACGCACCCACAACGUACCCCAAGAGGUUAUCCAGGCGAUCGACAUCGUGGUACGCCACGGACCGUCGAUCAAGCUGACGCCCGUGGGGCGCUCCUUCUUCAAACCGCCGUACGAGACGUACGCGUUGGGCGGAGGCCGCGAAGUCUGGUUCGGUUACUACACGAGCGUGCGGCCGGCGCAGUGGAAACCCAUGCUGAACGUGGACGUGUCGGCGACCGCUUUCUACGAGCCCUUGCCCCUGGUCAACUUCAUGUGCAAGAUAUUCGGCGGCAGGCGCGUCAUGACGCCCUCCGAGUUCCGGCCGCUCAGCGAGUCCCAGCACGCGCGGCUCAACAAGGAGCUCAAGGGUUUGCGCAUCAAGGUGACGCACCUGCCUUACCCGCGCAAGUACAAGGUCGUGCGCGUCACCAGGAGCUCGGCGAGUGCGAUCUCUUUCGACACGGACGAAGGGGCCAGCGUCACGGUAUCGCAGUACUUCGGGCAGCGGUACGCUCCCCUGCAGUACCCGCACUUGCCGUGCGUGCAGAGCGGCAGGCCCGAGCAUCCGGUCUACAUCCCCUUCGAGGUGUGCGAGCUGGUCGAGGGCCAGCACUGCCGAAAGAAGCUCGACGAGAACCAGACGGCCGAGAUGAUCAAGCGCACGGCCAAGCCGCCUGCCCAGAGAUUCCAGGAAAUCUGCCAGUCGGUGCGCGACCUGGUGAACAGCUCCGAGGAUUACCUGCGCGAAUUUGGCAUCAAGAUCAGCACCGAUCUGACGCAGCUCAAAGGUCGUGUGCUUGACCCGCCCACGCUGGUGUUCGAACACAGCUCGGUGAUUAAGCCGCGUGACGGCACGUGGGAUCUUCGCGGCCAGCACUUCUACAACCCGGCCACCAUGGACCGCUGGACGGUGGUCAGCAUGAGCCGGUCCGCGCCGCGAGACAGCGUCGACAACUUCGUCAAGAUGCUCGUCCGCAUUGGCAAGGAACUGGGCAUGCGCAUCCACCAGCCGCUCGACAUUUCGGCGGCCGACCCCAACCGGCGUCCCAUCCGCUCCAUCCUCUGCGAGCAGCUUAAGAACCACGGCGGGCUCCAGAUGGUCGUGCUCGUCAUCGCCAAGACGACCAAUUACGCCGAAAUCAAGCAGGUGGCCGAGACUGAGCUGGGCCUGCGCACUCAGUGUGUGCUCGACAACAACGUGGUCCGCAAGUGCAACGCUCCGCUCGUGCAGAACCUGCUGCAGAAGAUCAACGCCAAGAUGGGCGGCACCAACAACAGCCUGCUGUCGCAGGAGAAGCCCUCGUUGUUCCGGACGCCCGUGAUCGUGAUCGGCGCCGACGUCUCGCAUCCGUCGCCCGGCGACCGGGUCCGUCCGUCGAUCGCCGCCUGCGUUGGCAGCCUGGACGCGACCCCGUCUAAGUUCCACUCCUCCAUACGCAUCCAGAUGGAGCAGGACAAGGGGAACGUCGAUAUCAUCCGGGAGCUCAAGGAGAUGGUCAAGGAACUGCUCAGGGCCUUCUACCGCGCCACGAGGCAGAAGCCGCAACGAAUCGUCUUCUACCGCGACGGCGUGAGCGAGAGCCAGUUCCUCGAAGUGCGAAACCGAGAGGUGAGCGCCAUCCGCCAGGCGUGCAAGGAGAUGUCUCCGAACGAGAUGUACGAGCCUCCCCUAACCUUCAUCGUGGUGCAGAAGCGCCACCACACGCGCUUCAUGCCAGCCAACGAGCGUGACGGCGUCGGCAAGUGCCGCAACGUGCCACCGGGCACCACUGUCGACUCGGUGGUCACGCACCCGCUCGACUUCGACUUCUUCCUCUGCAGUCACUUUGGCAUCCAGGGCACGAGUCGUCCGGCGCACUACUACGUCGUCUGGGACGACUCGAACUUCACGGCUGACGAGCUGCAAAAGCUCAGCUAUUACCUGUGCCACACGUACGCCCGCUGCGCCAGGAGCGUCAGUAUCCCGGCGCCCGUCUACUACGCGCACCUGGCGGCCUACCGGGCCAAAAACCACAUUGUGAGCAAAGUGGACGUGCCCAGCUCAGGCAGCGACUCCUCGGGAGGCAGCGGGGACAACGUCGCUCCCAUUCAGUACGCCGAGGCUGUCCGCGUCCUGGACGAGCUCCGGACGUCGAUGUACUUCGUCUGAGGCUGCCGCCGACUCCUAACAUGUAAGUUCGCUGCACACACAUUUCUUGCGAUAAAGUUUGACCUAGCAUUCCAUU